AUGGUUUAUACAUGUUUAUUUGACGGAUUGAAAGAAACUCGAGGACUGGACACAAUCGUUAAUCAAUGUCAUGUGAUUUCCGGUGAUUGUUCGUUACCUGAUUUGGGCAUCUCGGAUGACGAUCGAAAAUUGUUAGCUGAAAAUGUUUCAAUUGUUUAUCAUUGUGCUGCCACCGUUCGUUUCGACGAAACAUUGAAGCGUGCUGUUUUGCUGAAUACCCGUGGCACGAAACUAAUGCUCGAACUGAGUAAAACAUUCAAGAAAUUGGCGCUAUUUUGCUAUGUAUCGACAUCAUACUGUCACUUGAAUGAAAGAUUACUCAUGGAAAAACCAUAUCCAGCACCAGCUGAUCCACAUCGAAUCAUUAAAUCGAUUGAAUGGCUUGACGAGGAUAUUGUGCAUACGGUGACCAAACAAAUUUUGGGCGGAUUUCCAAAUACAUAUGCGUUCACAAAGUGUUUAUCGGAAGCAUUGGUUAUCGAACAAAUGAAUGAAAUGCCAGCUGUUAUAAUGCGUCCGUCAAUUGUAAUUCCGAUUCGAUAUGAACCGAUCCCAGGUUGGACCGAUAAUAUUAACGGACCCACUGGUUUGCUUAUUGGCGCUGGUAAAGGUGUACUUCGUUCGAUGUAUUGCAAUUCAAGCAGUUAUGGUGACUAUUUGCCGGUUGAUUAUGCCGUUAAUGGAAUCAUGAUUUCGUCAUGGAAUUUCGUCUACAACAAAGAUUACGAUCGACGUGUUUAUCAUUUGGUGAGUUCAGCCGAAAUCAAAGUGUCUUGGAAAGAAUUGAUUGAUUGUGGUCGUUGGAUAAUUUGUAACAAAUUGCCACUAAAUGGCGUUGUUUGGUAUCCAGGCGGUUCAAUGAAGAGUAAUCGCUUGCAUCAUAACAUCUGUUGUAUACUAUUCCAUUGGAUUCCAGCUAUUCUGAUCGAUUGCUUAUUGUUCUGUCUUCGAUAUACGCCUGUACUGUGCCGGGUUCAACGAAGAAUCCAAAAAGGUUUCGAUGUAUUCGAAUACUAUGCAAACAAUCAAUGGGACUUUGACAACAGCAAUGUACUGUAUAUGCGUACAAUAAUUAAUGAAAUCGAAGCAAACCGCUACGCUAUUGAGGAUAAACGUAUGUAUAUCGAGUGCAACCGAUUUGCCAUAAAUAAUACACCACAUGAAAUUAUUCAUUUAAUGUUAAUGUACUGUGUCGAUCGAUUCGUUCGAUUUUUGAUGCUUGGCCUAUUUAUUUACUAUGUGGGUGGAGCAAUAUUUGGUUCAUUUUUCUCCACCAGUUCAGUGUUGAUAGCCGAUUCAAUUGUUGACACAUUGGACGCAAAUAUAUCGGCAUAA